AUGGCCCGCCGCGCAUCCAACCCCAGCUUCAACAGCUGUCAUUGCAUAGCGCCGGUUGCUGACCAUAUCCUUCUCAUCCAGCGCUAUCCCCUCUGCUCCGCCGCGAUUCCCCGCUACGUCAACAUCGCCCUUCGCAUACGGCCCCGCUACCCUCUCUUCGUUCUCUCAAGCUCGCACCUUGGCUCCUCGAGCCCACCCAAAGAUAAAUCAGAUACUAUCUCUCGCUCCGGUCCCAUAAAUACACCGUCGCUCAGUAUCCAGACUGAGGGUACCAGCGGAUCUCAAGGGAAAUCACCCCCUCCUCCUGGCUUCUUUGCACGCAGAGCAAGCGAAGAACAGAGCCCCGGCGGCGAUAAGAAGCGCCGAAGCAGCACGGUCUCAAAAGCGGCGUCAUUCUUUACCAGCGCGAAAAACUCCCUGAGCCUCAGUAGUCCGCGAACCGAAAGCGCUCUUAGUUCUUCGCUUCCAGAGACAUCCACCAUCCACAGAUACGGAAACAUGGACCCGGCGCUCAAUGUUCCACAGGGUUCACUGAACAACUCCGCGGGCGAGUCGUCACCAACUCCUCGAUCGUCUUUUAGAGUCGGUGUCACAGAGGACCGGAAUAAGAAAUGUCGUCGGACCAUGGAAGACACCCAUGCCUAUCUCUACAAUUUCCUUGGCAACCCUGUACCGUCAACGCAGACAGAUGAGUCUGAUCAUAGUUCCAAUACCGGAGAAUUGACGCCCGUUGUUGAAACCGACAACGGUUACUUUGCGAUUUUCGACGGCCAUGCAGGAACUUUCGCUGCGCAGUGGUGUGGAAAGAAGCUGCAUUUGAUACUGGAAGACGUAAUGCGCAAGAACACAAACGCUCCUGUUCCCGAGCUGCUCGACCAGACAUUUACUUCCGUUGACCAGCAACUUGAAAAGCUGCCUGUGAAGAAUAGUGGUUGCACUGCAGUUGUUGCAUUGCUCAGAUGGGAAGAUAGAAUUCCUACUUCAAAUUCCGUUACCGGUUCCUCUGCUAUCGGGCCGGCUGCUGCUGCAGCGGCUAAGGGCGGAGCAGAUUCGGAGGCCGAUGAUACGCCUACGCAGGAAGCCGCUGCCACCCCGGUUGCUGCUAUCCCAACUAAGUUACGUGAGAAGGCCAUCCGUCAGCGUGUCCUGUAUACUGCCAAUGUUGGCGACGCUCGUGUGAUAUUGUGUAGGAACGGCAAAGCCCUUCGCCUGUCUUACGACCACAAGGGUAGCGAUGAGAAUGAGGGGAGAAGGAUCGCUAACGCGGGUGGCUUGAUUCUUAAUAAUCGAGUUAACGGCGUUCUCGCUGUAACUAGAGCUCUUGGCGAUGCGUACAUCAAAGAUCUUGUUACCGGUCAUCCGUACACAACAGAGACUGUCAUCCAGCCAGAUCUUGAUGAGUUCAUUAUCCUGGCCUGUGAUGGGCUCUGGGACGUGUGCAGUGACCAAGAGGCUGUCGAACUGAUUCGCAAUGUGCCCGAUGCCCAGGAGGCAUCCAAGAUCCUGGUUGAUCAUGCCCUUGCGCGGUUCAGUACCGACAACCUUUCCUGCAUGGUGAUUCGUCUCAACGCAGACCGCCACCGUGAAGUUGCCAGUCGAACAGUUGACCUGGAAAGCAAUCCUGGGCGCGGUGUAAGCGAGGCCGAUAAGAUUGUCGAAGGAGCCAGGAAGAGCAUGGCGAACACUGGAAUAACAGACGAAUCAGAAACACUCAAGAAGGUUCAUGAGGACCCGGAAGAAUACACAUCAGGCGAAGUUCCUGAAUCAGAAUUGUCUGCCUCGCCGAACGCUCCGGCCGCUACGCUUCAUCAUUCGAACAAGCCCGAUGCAGGCAGCAGUACAUGA